AUGGGCUCGAAUAGCGCCAUGGAUGACGAGUUACACCCAGUAAUGGACAUGAAAACUGCCGCUGGUCGGCGGCUGCUUGGUGAAAGUAAAGGAUUACGGAGAGAUCGAUUGGCGUCUAUCAGUUCAUCCGGAUACUCGGAUGCGUCAUCCGUUGAUGAUGUACUCGGUACGGCACUAGAACUGCCUCCGCAUCUUCGUAAUCAUUUGGUGAGCGUGGCGCACCGCAAUUUACCGCCUGUGACUUCACUCGAAGGCGAGCUACUACCACCAAUUGAUCAUCUACGACCGCCGCCAAUGCGUAUUCCGCUUCUGCCAGAGAACAUGAAGAUGGAGCCGAUUCCAGGCAUUAAUCAACGACGGCAGACUAAACGUGUCAUUGUAUGUGGAGCUGGCAUUAUCGGUUUAACGACAUGUUAUUAUCUAGCAAAAGAGGGACAUGAAGUAUUGUGUGUAGAAAAGGAAAGGGGUGUAGGAACACAAGUGAGUUUUUGUAAUGGCGCUUUCUUAGACCCAGCCCUUUAUGCGAGUUGGUCCGAUGUGACAAAUCUUCGCAAAGGGAUCAGUUCCCGUCGAGGACAUACAAACCAUCGGCAUUCUUCAAGUACGACAACGGCAACCGAUGGCAACAGUGUAACCGUCAAUGGAGGUCCAGCUGCAGCAGCGGCAUCGAGUUCAUCAACAGAUAUUACCGUAUCCAUGCGGCCAGUACGAGGAGCGGCAUUGAAGUUGCCGUCAAGGGAAAAACCCAUGAAAAUCGAAAUGUCUGCGUUUCGAGACACCAAGUUUUGGAAAUGGGGACUGCAAUUCUGGCACAAUUCUAAAAAAGGUCGUUCUAAUGAACAUAGUCGCACAAUUCGAGAAUUGGGUUUUUACAGCAUGUUAAAGUUGCGGGAAUUACAGGCAAAUACUAAAAAAGGGGAAAUCGUCAUGGACCAAACAGCACAAGGUACGAUCGAAAUUUUUAGAAGUCACAGGGAAUUGGAGGUAACGUUACAAAGCGAUCGAAGUGCCCAUCUGUUGGAAUUGGGGAUGGACUUGCAACCACUUAGUGCAACGCAAGCUCAUAAUUUAGAACCAACCUUACGAUCCGAAAUGUACGCACCUGGGGCAAUUUUGUCGGCUUUUGGGACCAGUGGAGAUGUGCACAAAAUGUGUCAAUCACUGUACCGUUUGUGUAUGCGGCAAGGUGUAAUGUUUCGGUUUAAUACCGAAGUGCAACAUGUUUUGACGGAUAAAACAUCUGUGAUUGCACUGCAAACAAGGAGAGGGUCUUUGAUUGAAGGAGAUGAGUUUGUUCUAGCUCUUGGUAAUUCUACUGCACCUGUGGCAAAACGAGCAGGGAUCAAAUUGGCAAUUUAUUCGGUCAAGGGGUAUAUGCUGUCUAUUCCAGUGGCUACAGGUUUUCGUGCACCAAUUCACAACAUUUAUGCUGGUGGAUAUGCACUAGUUGCACCUUUGGGCAAGUCUCUAUUGCGAGUUUCCGGUGGUGUCGAUUUCGUGAGUCAAAAAAAGACGAGCGACGUAUCACCGCGUGAUCAGAAAAAGCGUUACGAUUGGCUAUUGGGUCAAGUCAAAGUCAUGUUUCCAGAAGGCUAUUUGGAUGUGGCUAAGAUGCGUACACAUACUUGCUGGCGUCCGGUAACAGCAGACGAUGUGCCUCUUAUUGGUCGUACAAAGGUUCGAAAUUUGUACGUAAAUGCUGGCCACGGCUCAAAGGGAUGGACACUUUCAUUUGGUGCCGGGGCAGUACUUGCUGAUGAGAUUAGUGGGCGGCGACCACAGCUUGACAUGACAAAAUUUGCUCCCGACCGCUUUGGCUUUUUCGGUUGA